AUGGCAACACCGCUCGAUACUCCGAGUGACUCAGACGACGGCUUUCUGGACUUUCUGAGCGACAAUGAUAGUGACCACGAGACGCUCUUGGCGCAAGAAAGCGCGGCACUCGAACGUCGUAUGAAGACCGUUGGCAUUCGCGACGGCCUCGAACUCGGCAAGGACUUCACACUACAAGAAGGAUUCGACAUUGGUUUCGCACAAGGGGCAGCACGUACUGUUCAAUUUGGAAGACUGCGAGGCGCUCUAGAAACAGCAGCUGGGUGUGGACUCGUGGACCAUACAUUGAUGACGCAAGCACGUGCUUGCGUGUCUCAGUUGAAGGCUUUCGAGAGGGGAAGUAAUGUGGACAACAGAGCAUCUGAUGAUGACGCUGAACUUGCAAUUCUGACUCAAGCUCAAGACCUUCUCACGAGCAUUGGGGUGGACUUAUCAGCUUCGUCAAUGUACUUUGGAAAUCAACAAGUUGGACCAGAUUGUGGUCUCACCAAAGAAUAA